CAUACGGUAAAAUAGCUAAAAAUGUGUUAAGUACGACAUAUACUACAUAAAAUAUGAGUGAACAUAAGUUAGAUAAGAUAAUAAAUACCUGCAAUUCAUGUCUAAAGUAGAGCAACUCAUAACAUUUUAACAAUAAGUUCAUAUUAACAAUAAACCACCUUCCCCUCUAUGCUAAUGAAAUUGGGAAGCGCCUAGCUGGUGAAUUAGAUCACUCUAUUGAAGUUAAGAAUGAAUCCAAGUACCUGGUAUGUAUCUUCUAAUCUCAAAUGUAUCAUAUUGUUGGUGAUUUACCUUUAAAAUAUACCUUUUAAAAGGAAUUUCAUGAAUAGAAUACCAAUUUUUUUUUUCCCCGAGAAAUGUCAAGAACAUAGUUAGAAAGAACCACUAUCCACAAUCCCUUCCCAUCCCAUUUACAAGCCCACCAACAAAGUCAAAAGAAACUAACUCUAGUUGGGACAUCAGCAGGGCUUUACGUGCCACUCUAUGAGCAGCCCAAUUGACAGUCCGCGGAACUGCCCUAAAUUCUAUACAGAGAGAACAAGACUCAAGAAUAAAUCAAAAAUCUCGAAGUAUGGGGCCACCAAUCGAAUCCUCCACCAAUCGAAGCUUGAGCUGACGAAUGACCACUUCUGCAUCGCCUUCGAUGAUAACCGGAGACAAACUUCUAGAAGUUGCAAGAGAGAUUUCAUCCCUGGCUGCAAGGAAUUCUGCAAGAUAAGGAUCCGAGAUACCAUAAUGCUGAGCACCCACGACAAGAAGCACAUGCCCAUCCGAGCCACGGACAACCAGGCCAGACGAGGAGCCAGCACUUUGGAGAGCAGCAUCAAAGUUAAUCUUCAAAAAGUCUUGAGGCGGGCAAUCCCAAAGAAGAGGUCUAGCAGAGGCAGGAGCACGAGGAAGGGGAGACGAGUCAGGCUGGGCAGAGAGAACCACGCGGAUUUGGAAAGAGAAUUGGAAGGCUAACGAACGGACAUGAGGCUGGGUAUUUUCAAAUACCACUUUAUUUCUUGAUUUCCAUAUUCUCCAAAGGAGGCACACUAUCUGGAGAAUAUGGGUUUAGGACUGCUCAUCUAGCAUAAUUUUGACGCCACCACAAACUAAAAUUUCUUCUUGGGACCGAGUUCAGUAAAUCACUUAAUCCCACAAAAUACCAAAGUUGGAUGGCAAAGGGGCAACGAAAAAACAAAUGUUCUAUACUUUCUUGGAACCUCCAACAAACAGGGCAACGACUUAGACAGUUAACCCCGCGGGAUUUGAGAGCCACUGUUGUAGGGAGGACCACUUUGAGACAUUGCCAGAUGAAGAAUCUGAGUUUUGGAGGAGUUUCGAUGACCCACCUCUUUUUCCAAAUGGGAGUAUCAAUAAUAUGAGCCAAUGAUUUUCUAUUUGUAAUCAAUAUUACCUUAUAAA